CUUUACUUGUUUAAAUAUGAUACUAUCCAUGGACGCUACAAAGGUCAAGUCGAAAUUAAAGAUGGAAAAUUACUUGUAAGCAAUUACGAAAUUUUUGUUUUUGCUGAAAAGAAUCCCCAGGAUAUCAAGUGGGGAAAAGUAGGUGCCGACUACAUAGUUGAAUCCUCCGGUAUUUUCAAAACUACGGAAAAAGCAUCGCUUCAUUUGCAAGGGGUAUGCGAAAGUUCUAAAUCAACUCUUGUUUAUCUUUU